GUGCAAGCAUGUUGAAGAGAUACUUGGCCCCUCCAUGAACACUGUGGCCCCUCGACGGCCCCUCACACUGAAAAACUGACACACACUGAAAGAAGUUAACACAGUCCUGAACAUUUCUCAUGUCAGUAGGUGAUUAAAAGAAAACAAUCUCAGAUAGUUUAUAAAUUAAAACAGAACCAAAAGAGACAUUUAAACCAGUUUAACAGGACAAAGACUGAUUUAUAGUUAUAAAAACACCUAACCCUGACUGAUGUGAUGCUUGCAGACAUAAACACCAUAUUGGCCAAUUUAAUCAACUAACUUGUAAAUAUUUGAUACCAAACUCUCUUCUGAGUACAACUAGAGGCUGAAGGUGUGCAAAGACAUCGUCUGAUUUAUUCCUGUCAGAAGAACCAGACUCCCACUGAGCCGACAUCUGCGGUGUGUCUCAAACUAAACGAGAACUAACUAACUGUGGUGCUGCUCAUCAGUUCAGGCCUCUUCUUGGUCAUAUUAAAUGUCGCACUGCCCCGAGCCUCACAUCCAACCCCUGCCCAGCUGUGUGCAGAGCUCUGAGUUUCCCAAGCCCCCCCAGUGUCCUGGCCUGGGACACCCUCCCUGUGUUGCACUCCCCCAGGCCCUGGCUGCCUGCUCUUCUUGGCAGCCAAACAACCAGGGGAGGAUCAGGAUGACCGGGCGGCUGAGAUAAAGACCACAUGAAGUUCCUCUCAUUACCUCACCCGAUUAGGAAAGAAGCAGAGGAGCCGGCCGGAGGCUGAGGCUGAGACGAGCUCUGGGUGAGGACAACGAGGAGCCAGCUGGGGGCCGAGGCUGAGACGAGCUCUGGGUGAGGACAAGGAGCCAGCUGGGGGCCGAGGCUGAGACGAGCUCUGGGUGAGGACAAGGAGCCAGCUGGGGGCCGAGGCUGAGACGAGCUCUGGGUGAGGACAACGAGGAGCCAGCCGGGUCACAGAGGAGCUGCACACAGGAGCUCUGGGAUGAAGGAACACAACGGCUUUUAAACAGAUGUUCUUCAUCCAGGAGCUUUUCCUCACAUCUGGGCUGGACUUUAAAGAUGCUCUCUGAUGAAAAAAAGACCCCCGGCUCUGGCUUUUGUUGUGCUUUUUCUGAAGUUUGUCAUAAAAGGUAAGAACUUCCAACACAACGUCCGUCCAGCCAAUGAAAACCAACUGAAGAGGUUUGAGUUGGGACGACUUACAGGGAGCCUGCCACAGCCCUGAUGAAUCCUCUGGAGGGUCUCAUGUCAGUGGACCAGCAUGUGGGGUCCAGCUCCACAGCAGAGCAGCGGCCCACUGCAGCCCACCUCCCAGCAUCCUCGCCUGGACACAGGCAGAGCGCUCCCAGCAGGAAAUGGCCUGCAGGCAGCUCUACCUUCAGUCCCACCUGACACCAAGCUCUCCAAGCUGGAUGUUCUGGUUCUGGCCACCAACUACAUAGCGUACCUGACAGAGACGUUGGACCAGGGUGGGUCCGUGGCAGAGCAUGGUCUUCCCCCCCGACCUGGUGGAUACCUGCAUCCUGUAAAGAAGUGGCCCAUGCGUUCCCUGCUCUACUGCGGCGCUGUUGGAGACAUGCUGUCAGCCAAUCAGAUGCCUCCACCUGGUCACAAUGGGACACGCCCUUUGACCUCAGAUUAACAAUGACAGCAUGACUUAGUUUACUCCCAAAGUCAGUCAGUAGCUGUGAGAAAAAGGCAAAAAUCUUCAUCAGGCUGGGCUCAAAGCUGCCUAAUCUGAGGCUUUUCCAUGUUCUGACCCAUGUCACUGCUGAUUAGGUACUACAGUAAUUAUUAUUAACUGUUUGACAGACCAUCACUUCAAAAUGACUGUUUUCUUUUAUCAUCAAGUUUCUGAUGAUUCUUGUAUUUAAAUAUAAAGAACAAAAAGAAGUGAG